AUGUCGUUGGUUACAGUAGGUGCAUGCUAUGUUGACACAAUCUUGACAACUCCUCACUACCCGGGAGAAGACGAGAAGUUGCGUGCUUCUCGUAUCUCUCAUCGCCGCGGAGGAAACUGUCCGAAUACCUUGGAGGUGCUGCAGCAAUUGAUAGCACACAGCAAGACAACCUCAAAGGUCUCGCUGAACCUUGUCGCAGUUCUGCCCGCGAAGGCAUCCGUUGCAUCGCAGCAGGUCCUGGCAGGCUUUGGACCUGGAGUCCAACUCGAGCAUUGCAUCUAUCGUGAACAAUUCAGUGAACCGGCAUCGAGUUAUAUCAUUAAAAGUCAAGCGUCCGGAAGCAGGACGAUUGUUAACUACAAUGAGCUCCCGGAAAUGACUGUUGAGGAAUUUACAGCAAUUGCAGAUAAGAUUGGCUCCACUGCCACUUGGUUUCACUUCGAGGGUCGGAUACCAGAGGUAACAUUGGCAUGCAUGCGUUAUCUACGUCAAUGCUAUCCUUCAAUCAAGAUCAGCGUCGAAGCAGAGAAACCUGCGCGGCCCGGUCUCCAGGAGCUUGCGAAUGAGGCAGACGUGGUUUUCUACUCGAAGAGCUGGGCUCAGGGGCAAGGCUACGCGUCAGCUGAAGAAUGCCUUCGAAAGCAGCGGGCCAUGACAACCAACGCGUCUUUCCUGUGUUGUACAUGGGGAGAAGAAGGAGCUGUUGCUCUAGAUACUCAAGCCGAUGAAUUGUUGCACAGUCCUGCGUACACAGCACCAGACUUUAAGGUCGUUGAUACUAUCGGAGCUGGUGAUACAUUCAUAGCCGGAAUGUUGUAUGCUUGGCUCUGCCAGGGAAAUUGGGAUCUCGAGAAGAAGAUACACUUCGCGAACCGGGUUGCAGGCAUGAAAGUGGGACAGGAAGGCUUUUCUGGUCUGGACAAGGCACUGGAGUCAUUUUGA